UCCAAUUCCGAAAAAGUGAGCGGUUUUCCUCCCACCGCUGACGCUGAGCUCGUGUUCCUCCUUUCUCUUAAACCCGUCUUUCUUCUUCCCAUUAAACAAAAAAAAAAUGCCGCCGUUAACCUUGCUGCAACUCCGCCGGCUCCUCCAGCACUUCCUUUCUUCUCCCUCUCCCUUUCAACCCCACGCUCUCCUCCCUCUGAAACCCCAUUUCACCCCUACCCAUUUCCCCAAAUCAGCAUUUCUACUCUCUAAACCCUUCUCAACCCAAAACCCUGAUCCAAUUGCUCGGUCUCUUUCCACUGAGAUCCUCAAGAACCCUGAUUUAGACCCUCUCCCAAUCACCCAAAGACUCCAGCUCAGCUUCUCUCAUAUCAAGCCAACUCCUCUCUUAAUCUCCCAAACCCUCAAUCUCUCCCCUGAAGCUGGCCGUACUGUUAUAGGGUUUAACGAUUGGCUUCUCUCAGACCCUAAUUUCAACCACACCGAUGAAACGCUGUCGUUUUUCAUCGACUAUUUCGGUCGAAGAAAAGAUUUCAAAGCUGCCCAUGAUCUCCUUGUUAACAACAAAUCUGUUGCUGGGCCUAAAACGUUCGAGUCCUCCGUUGAUAGGCUGGUCAGGGCUGGCCGGCCUGCCCAAGUUCUCGGGUUUUUCGAGAGGAUGCAGAAGGAUUAUGGGUUCAAAAGAGAUAAAGAAUCACUAAGACUGAUAGUAGGGAAGUUGUGUGAAAAUGGGUGUGCAAGUUAUGCUGAGAAGAUGGUGAAAAACUCGGCGAAUGAGAUAUUCCCGGACGAGAUGAUAUGUGAUUUAUUGAUCAAAGGUUGGUGUGUUGAUGCGAAGCUUGAAGAAGCGAAAAGAUUGGCUGGGGAAAUGUAUAGGGGAGGUUUUGAGAUUGGUACAAUGGCUUAUAACGCAAUGCUUGACUGUGUUUGUAAGCUUUGUAGGAAGAAAGAUCCAUUUCGACUUCAUUCGGAAGCUGAGAAAGUUUUGCUUGAUAUGGAUUUUUAUGGGGUUCCCAGAAAUGUGGAGACUUUUAAUGUGUUGAUGAAUAACUUGUGUAAGAUUAGGAAAACUGAGGAUGCAGUGAAGUUGUUUUAUAGGAUGGGAGAAUGGGGGUGUUAUCCAGACGCAGAGAGUUAUUUGAUUUUGAUUAGGAGUUUGUAUCAGGCUGCACGAGUUGCAGAAGGCGAUGAGAUGAUUGAUAGGAUGAAGUCUGCUGGGUUUGGUGAUAAGCUUGGUGAGAAGGAAUACUACAGUUUUCUGAAGAUUCUCUGUGGGAUUGAGAGGGUUGAGCAUGCUAUAAUUGUUUUUAAGAAGAUGAAGGCAGAUGGGUGUAAACCUGGGAUAAAGACUUAUGACUUGUUAAUGGGGAAAUGGUGCGCUCAUAAUCGGCUUGAUAGAGCCAAUGCACUUUAUAAUGAAGCGGUGAAAAAUGGGGUGCCAGUUGAACCUAAGCCGUAUAGGGUGGAUCCUAGAUAUAUGAAGAAAACCAAAGCUGUGAAGGAGGAGAAGAAGAGGGAGACUUUGCCUGAAAAAAUGGCUAGGAAGAGGAGACGUCUUAGGCAAAUUCGACUAAGUUUUGUAAAGAAGCCUAAAAGGAUGAUGCGCCAUGUCUAAACUUGGCCUGUGCCUUACUGAAAUUUUAAGUGGUAUGACAAUGUCGAUUGGAGUUGCAGGCUUUUUCUGAGCUUGGAUAAUUUAUUUAUGAUGAGUUUUGUUGUUAUAAAAUUGUGUUCUCGUUUUUGCUCUGCUGUUGGCACCAUUAGAAAUAAAAAUUAUGUUUGAGUAAUUCCUCUUACUCAUUCGAUGCUUCUUACAAAA